AUGGCGUCUACGACGAAGACAGUGACGGCUAUGCCGAUGGUCCCUAACCGGGAAGAUCUGGAUGCAACAUGGCGGUACCUUGAGAUGGGUGUAUCCAAGAUUAUGGCCAACCUGCAAGACGGUAUUGAUAUGAAUACUUAUAUGGGAGUCUACACGGCCGUCCAUAACUUCUGCACAUCACAAAAGGCUGUAAGCAAUGCUCAUCAAGGGGUUAUUGGAGGGGCACACCGCGGUGCACAUCUUCUGGGGGAGGACCUCUACCAAAACCUUAUCACGUACCUAAACAACUACCUGAAAGAACUUGUUGCCGAAUCAAGGAAGCAUUCAGAUGAAGCUCUCCUCGCCUUUUAUAUUCGAGAAUGGGACCGAUACACAACCGCCGCAAAAUAUAUCAAUCAUCUUUUCAGAUACCUCAAUAGACACUGGGUGAAACGGGAGAUGGAUGAGGGCAAGAAGAACAUCUACGAUGUAUAUACGUUGCAUCUGGUUCAAUGGCGGCUUACCUUGUUCACGGAAGUCCACGAGAAAGUCAUGGACGCAGUUCUGAAAAUGGUGGAAAAGCAGCGAAAUGGGGAAACCAUUGAACAUGGCCAGAUCAAGGCCAUCGUGGACUCGUUUGUCUCGCUUGGAUUGGAUGAGGCCGAUCCUACAAAAUCCACACUCGACGUUUACCGAUUUAACUUCGAGCGACCAUUCUUAGAAGCAACGAAGCAAUUUUAUCAGGCAGAGUCGAAGCAAUUCGUCGCCGAGAAUAGCAUCGUGGAGUACAUGAAGAAGGCGGCAACUCGUCUAGAUGAGGAAGAGGAGCGUGUGAAGAUGUAUCUUCACCCAGAUAUCAUUGUUCCGCUAAAGAAGACGUGUAACACUGCCCUCAUUGCAGAUCACUCUGCUAUUCUCCGCGAUGAGUUCCAGGUGCUGUUAGAUAAUGACCGUUAUGAGGAUAUGGAGCGCAUGUACAAGCUUCUCCAACGAAUCCCUGAUGGACUUGAUCCGCUACGAGCAAAAUUCGAAGCCCAUGUCCGCAAGGCGGGUCUCAACGCCGUUACGAAGGUGGCGGUCGACGCAGACAAGCUUGAGCCGAAGGUGUACAUUGAUGCCCUUCUUGAAAUCCACACCCAAUAUCAAGGUCUUGUUAAGACAGCUUUCCAGGACGAGCCCGAGUUCACCAGAUCUCUCGAUAAUGCAUGCAGGGAAUUCGUGAAUCGUAAUCAGGUGUGCAAGUCUGGCUCGAACAAGUCCCCCGAGUUGCUUGCCAAAUAUGCCGAUGCAGUACUCCGAAAAGGCACAAACGGUGCAGAAGAGAGCGACCUCGAGAAUAUUCUGAACCAGAUCAUGACCGUCUUCAAGUAUAUCGAGGACAAGGAUGUGUUCCAGAAAUUCUACUCCCGCAUGCUUGCUCGCAGAUUGAUCCAUACCAGCUCUUCGUCAGAUGACGCCGAAACUAGUAUGAUCAGCAAGUUGAAGGAGCAAUGUGGUUACGAGUACACAAACAAGCUUCAACGCAUGUUCCAAGACAUGCAGAUCUCCAAGGAUCUGAAUAGCGGCUUCAAGGAGUUUGAAGCUGGUCUGCUUGAGCCUGGUGAUGAAAAGCAGGUUGAUGCUUCCUACUCCAUUUUAGGGACUGGUUUCUGGCCGUUGAACCCACCCAAUACCGAUUUCACUCCACCAGCGGAAAUUUCGAGGGCCUACGAGCGCUUCCAGACCUUUUACGGGCAGAAGCAUAGUGGGCGUAAGCUUACAUGGUUGUGGCAGUUCUGCAAGGGAGAAGUCAAGGCAAACUACUGCAAAAACCAAAAGACCCCUUAUACAUUCCAAGUGUCGACUUAUCAGAUGGCCAUUUUAUUGCUGUUCAACGAAAGCGACAAGAAUAGCUAUGAUGACAUCGUCAAGGCUACGCAACUGCAACCCGAUAUCCUGGAUCCGGCCAUGGGGAUUUUGCUGAAAGCCAAGGUACUCAAUAUCAGUCCAGAAGGUGAUAAGCCGGGCCCUGGCAAGAUGUUCAACCUGAACUAUGAUUUCAAGAGUAAGAAGAUUCGUCUCAACUUGAAUAUCGCAGUCAAGUCAGAGCAGAAACAGGAGGUCGAGGACACCCACAAGACCAUUGAGGAAGACCGAAAGUUGCUCAUGCAGUCUGCAAUUGUGCGUAUCAUGAAGGCCCGGAAGAAGAUGAAGCACACCCAGCUGGUCAGCGAAACCAUCAACCAAAUCCGAUCCCGAUUUGUCCCCAAGAUCCCCGACAUCAAGAAAUGCAUCGACAUCCUGUUAGAGAAGGAGUAUCUCGAGCGUCUCGAUGACGACGAGCUUGGAUACCUUGCAUGA